AUGAGUGUUAUCACCCACCUGGAAAAUCAGAUAGCCGCCACAACUAACACCCUCACUAAAUUCAUGUCUACUGUUGAAUCCCGCUUUGCAGAACUUACCCCACCCCCGCCGCCGCCACCUCCCGUACCACCAGCUCCUACACCAAUUCCACCAUCUAUUCUCGCCGCCCACUGCCAAUCCCCGUUUUCAUCUCCGGUGUUGCUGGUUCGGAAGAAAGACGGGACGUUCCGCUUCUGCGUGGAUUACAGAGCACUCAAUGCUGUCACGGUAAGGGAUAAUUUCCCUAUCCCCACCAUUGAUGAGCUCCUCGAUGACCUCGGCAAGGUGAGAGUGUUUACUAAACUCGAUCUACAUGCUGGAUACCAUCAAAUCCGUGUCCAUCAUAAGGACAUCGCAAAGACGGCAUUUCAAACAUCUGACGGCCAUUUUGAGUUCUUGUUGUUCGUGCCGUUUCUUCACAAUUUUGUGGUGGUUUUCUUCGACGAUAUCCUCGUCUACAGUCCCACCGUGGAGGCACACUUCGACCAUCUCCACCGUGUCUUUACUUGUAUGAGCCACCAGGAGUUCGUGCUCAAAGCGUCAAAAUGCGUUUUCGGGCAGCCGUCAGUGGAAUAUUUGGGCCACAUCGUGUCGGAAGGUAGCGUCCUUGCUGACCCAGAGAAGAUCGAUGCCAUGAAGCCAUGGCCUACUCCGCGCACGGUGAAGCAACUCCGUGGGUUCUUGGGACUUACGGGCUACUACCGGAGGUUUGUCCGGCACUAUGCAGGUAUCGCCGCACCACUUACUGACUUGCUAAAAAUUGAUUCAUUUUGCUGGAAUUCUAAAGCAGAGGUUACUUUUGAAAAACUUAAAUUGGCCUUGACAACCACUCCGGUAUUGCGGUUGCCGGACUUCAACAUUGAGUUUGUGGUGGAGUCGGAUGCCUCCGAUGUGGGAAUUGGCGCUGUCUUGAUGCAGCAAGAGCAGCCUAUCGCCUAUUUUAGUCGCAAGCUUAGCGCGCGAAUGCAAGCGGCGUCUACUUACACUAAAGAACUACAUGCCAUUGUGGAAUCGGUACACAAAUGGCGGCAAUAUUUGUUGGGAAGGUUUUUCAUCAUACGAACAGACCAAAAGAGUAUUCGUGAACUCCUUCAACAGACAAUUCAGACACCAGAGCAACAGAAAUAUGUCCGAAAGUUACUUGGCUUCCAUUUCCGCAUUGACUAUCGUUCGGGGUCCUCGAACUUGGCCGUGGAUGCUCUCUCGCGGCGCCAUGACAAGCAGAUUGAGGGAGCAGAGCUUGAGAGUGUUCUAGUGCAAGUUUAUAUUGCUGUAAGCAUCCCAACGACAGAGCUCUUGAGUCAGCUCCGACAAGAGAACACUAGGUGCCCUGACCUCAAAGAACUCCACCAGAAAUUUGCUGAGCAUCAGUUGAGUUCGGAUUAUGAUGUGGUUGAUGGAAUCCUCACCUUCCGGCAGCGCUAUUACAUCAGCGAAUCCUCCUCCCUCAAGCCCCGAUUAUUGCAUGAAGCUCACGCCACCCCUAUGGCAGACAUGGUGGUGCGUUUGCAUGGAUUUCCGACUAUCAUUAUCUCUGAUCGCGAUCCGGUCUUCAUCAGCAACUUCUGGCAGCAUCUCUUUAAGCUUAGUGGCACCACGCUCCGCAGUAUCCGCAUGUCACCUUUUGAAGCUCUUUAUGGUCGUAAACCGCAGAUGAUUCCUCCUUACUCCCCGGGCGCGACCUCCAUUCAAGCUUUGGAUGAUCUUUUGCAGCAGAGGGAUAUCUUACUCAAUCAGUUGAAGGAGAUCCUCCGACAGUCUCAGUUCCGCAUGAAGCAACAAGCAGACUGUCACCGACGUGAUGUUGAGUUUCAGAUAGGCGAUAUGGUAUUGGUUCGGUUGCAACCUUAUCGCCAAACUUCGGUUCGAGGCCGCCAACCCCCAAAGAUUGCUCAACGCUACUAUAGGCCCUUUCGUGUUACUGAGCGACUUGGUCGUGUUGCGUAUCGCUUGGCCCUUCCACCGGAGAGCCGCAUUCAUCCCGUCUUCCACGUCUCUAAGUUGAAGCAGUUCAAGGAAAGUAGCUCUACCCCGCUGUGUACUCUGCCCGAGAUAACACUCGACUCAGCACCAAUGCCGAUUCCACUCGCCAUCUGCGGCGAAAGAGAAGUUAUUACUUCCGCCGGACCACAGCAACAGGUGCUGGUUCAAUGGGCUGGAGAACCACCAGAAUGCUCAACUUGGGAAUCAAAUGAGAGGGUGCAACGUUCAUUCCCAAACUUUAACCUUGAGGACAAGGUUAUUUUUGAAGGUGGGGAGAAUGAUACAACUACUGGAUCUGUACCGGGGGAGCCCAACAUCUCAAACGAAGGAGCAGCCCAAUCGGGAGAAGGCCCAAUUACUGAUCGACGGCCUGUUCGCAACAAGAAGGUCCUUGGGCGCUUUCAAGACUUUGUUAUGUAG